GUUGGCGGAGAAGUACGGGAAGAGUGAGGCGCAGGUGUUGGUGAGGUGGAGUUUGCAGAAGGGAUAUGUUCCGUUGCCCAAGUCGGUGACGGAGUCGAGAAUUGUGGAGAAUUCGCAGGUGUUUGAUUUUGAAUUGUCGGGGGAGGAUAUGAGGCGGUUGCAGACGGCGGAGUAUGCUCCUGUUUGUUGGGAUCCGGCGAGGGAUUCAAAGCUGUAAAGAGGAAGCUGUAUUGCGUGAGCGAUGAGGUACUGUAUUGUUAGUAUAGAGAUGGUAAAGUGGAUGUAGUCGAUAGAAUCGAAGACGUGAUGAUAUCCGGCAGAUGCCAGGAUGAAUCCGGGCAACACCCGCCCGGCACAACGUAUCCCCGGGCGGUUUCCUUCCGCAUUCUCAACUAUACUGCAGCACAACAACCUUUCGCCCUUCGUUGACCCAAGCCUACAUUCACAUGAACCCCCCAAGAUCUCCUCCAAUGUCGACGGCCCACCCCCGGCGAACCCCGCGUCUUCCCCGCCCUUCAUCAUGCCUGAACCACCCAAGCGCAUUAUCCUAGAGAAAUCCCGCACCGUGCGCCGUCGCUACCAGCGCAGCAACAAACGAUUCCAGUUCACGGCGUCGCAGAUCGCUCGCAUCGAGCGCGAACAAGAGCGCGAGAAACGUGCCCAGCAACUGCGCGAUCGGGAGAAGAAACGGGUCGCGAAUAAGAAGAAGAAGGCGGAGAAGGAGGCCAGGGCGCGCGAGGAUCGGAGACGCUUGGGUUUACCGGAUCCGAAUGCGCCGUGUGUGCCAUCCAGUCAACCGUCGCUGUUUACUUUCAUAAAGAAGAAGGCGGGUCAGGAUGGGGAGGGGGGUACAGAGGUAGAUGGGGAGGGGAAUGGAGACGAUGACGAUGACGAUGACGAUGACGAUGACGAUGACGAUGACGAUGACGAUGACGAUGACGAUGACGAUGACGAUGACGAUGACGAUGACGAUGACGAUGACGAUGGCGAUGGCGAUGGCGAUGGCGAUGGCGAUGGCGAUGGCGAUGGAAGUGAAGGGAGUACGGAGUUUGAGGAUAUUGAUGACGAUCUUCUUGGGAGUUUGGAGGAUUUCUCCGCAGUGAAUGAAGUGGACUUGGGGGAAACAACUGAAGUGGACAGUGAUGGGGGCGGGCUUGGUGCUGGAGACGAGUCUACAAUUUGCGACGUGAUUAAAGAUGACGGCAACAGUGAUGGUGGUGGUCAACAGAAGACCAAAGAAGCGGACGAGUUCUCUGACUGCUCGAUUUUUGACGAUGAAGAACUCAUCAAAGAGACCGAGACUAUCGUCGUUGCGCCGGAGAACCCCACGCCAAAAACCGAACAUCACAUCCAGCCGACCGCCACCAAGCCUGCCGAUUCGUUUCAAGAUGACACGGCACUCUUGCUGGAAGAAUUUGGCCACGAGUUCGACACGGAUGAGGAAUUCGAGCAGGCGCUGAUUGAGCUGGCUGCCGUGUGAUCCGAUGUUUAUACUGACUGGAGAAUACUUCCGACCCGAUGGCGAUCCGUUCGGAUGCGCCCCUCGGCUCGGACAGUGAUAUGGUGGCUGCUUCCCGCCGUAUUACCGUUGAUCCGUCGGAUUGCAGGAGGUAUGAGCUUUGGGGUUUCGGUGAGCUGGGUAGUGGGUAUGCAGAG